CAGAAACGAGUAGGGUUGAAGCUGUCGGCUGCCUCUCUGCUUCCUCGACCUGCGGAUUCGUUCAAACCCCAUAUCCUGCGAACAAGAAAUGGCUUCCUUCUGCAGAUCAGCUCUAAUGGCGGGCUCAAGGUCCAUAGCUCGCUCAAGAGCCCUCACCCAAACCUCCCUUAACUCCUUAAACCCGGCAGCCAUGGCGUCCCCGUUUGCUUCCGCCACCAGAACAAUUCCUUGUGCUACAAGAUUCGUUUCGGUAUUGGGAUGCAUGGAGUCAAUGAUGCCGCUUCACAGCGCCAUUGCUUCUGCUCGGCUUACAUCCAACAUUGCCGUCGAUUCCACCUGCUGGAGCUCCCUUUCUCUUGGUCUUGCAUCACCGUUGUGACAAGGCCCACUGGCUUGUAAAAGAGGGCUUCUCGAUCGAAGCUGAGUAUGACCCAAAUUUAACCAGGCAACCUCAUCCCGGUUCGUUCAAGUUGUACUGUACUGCUCUCCUCCAAUGGCAUAUAAGUUUCUAUUUGAUAAACGAUAUCAGUGACCAAUUUUGUUUUUGCUUAAACUGUGGUAUACACUGAUUGUGAUGGCGUACUAUGUAAUGCUUGAAGAAUCAAUGGACUAUCAACUAGAACAAUAGGAAUGAUACACGUGAUGCAUGAGCUUAUUAAUUAUUUGGGUUGAGGGCCUUCUAUUUGGUCA